AUGGUCCGCGAGGACCUGGUUGAGGGAGCCGUCUCUUUCCUCCAAGAUCCAUCCGUCGCCUCAGCACCCGUCGAACAACGAGUCGCCUUCCUUCGAUCCAAGAACCUGACCCAAGAUGAGAUCGAUGCCUCGCUCGCCCGCGUAGGCCAAGCGCCCGCUCCACCCAACUCACAGCCCCCGUCCAUCCAGUACCGCCAACCUCCUCCACAGUACGGCAACGGAUACCAACAACAAUAUGGCUACCCUCAGAACUGGCAACAACCGCCUCCAGAAGCUCCCCGGCGAGACUGGAGAGAUUACUUCAUCGCGGCGACGGUCAUGGGCGGGGUGGGGUAUGGUUUGUACUGGACGGCGAAACGAUACGUUUACCCUCUGAUCGCACCGCCAACACCACCUCAGCUCGAGCAGGACAAGGCUAGCGUGGAUGCCAGCUUUGAGAAGGCAUUUGCGCUGUUGGAGCAGCUGGCUACGGAUACACAGGAGCUCAAGGAUGCCGAAGCUGCAAGAAAAGAACGAUUGGAUACUGCGCUGGGAGAGGUGGAGAGCGUCAUCAGCAGGAUGAAGCAGGCAAAUGAGGAACGCGAGCUGGAGGCCAAGCGAAUCUCGAGAGAGAUCAACGAGAUCAGAGACCAGAUCCCCAAGGCCAUUGAGAAGGAGAAGGAGCUGACCGAUACCCGUUUGAAAGAUCUGAAUGUCGAGAUGAAGAGCUUGAAGACGCUGGUUGCCAAUAGAAUGCAGACGCCCAGCAGAGCCACACCGAGCUUUGCAAGCCCGUCGCAGCAGCAGCAACAGUCACCAAUUGCUGGCAUUCCCGGUGUUUCUGGUCCUGUCAAUGGAUCAUCGACGCCUCAAUCUUCAGCGCCCGCUGUGCAAGAGCCGAACGGUCUUCAUUCUCAACCUCCCACAAACGGGGUUGAAGCCAAUGGUGCCGAGAACACAUCGACAACCACAUCUACAGAGCGAAGCAACUCGAUGCCCUUCUCGAGUGCUCCCAACCGCGACGGUGCGGGAACACCGUACAGCCGAUUACUUGGCAACAAAGCUGCGAUACCGAGCUGGCAACUUGCGGCCAAGAAGAAGAAUGAAGAACAAAAAGCGGACAACGCUUCGAGUGGGACGGCCACUCCGGUGCAGAAUGUUGGCGAGAGUGGGACCGUGACCGAGCAGGUUGAUGGUCAGUCUUGA